AAGGACUAAUCUUAAAGACGCAUGAGGGUUAAUUUCAAGCCCCCACUAUACCACCACCCACAUCUCCAAUUUGAAAGCCGCCUCUCUACCGGGAGAGGAAGGCUCUUUUUCGGUCAGAUGGCGUGCUGCAGUCCGCCCCCGUCAUUCUCCAGCCCACACAGACGGCAAAAAAGGCAGCCAGCAACCAAUACGGUGCGCCGGAGGAGGAUUUCUGCCAGUGAUAUUAGCCGAGGAGCGAAACGCAAAGGGGAUUUACUACGGCAAAUCUGCGCCGUGGAGGCUCUCGGCGAGAGUUUCGCUCCGGGAGUUGCGAGCCGUGACAUUGGAGAGACUAUUUCCCUGUUCCGCCGGAACAGAUCUUCACAAGAAACCUGAAAAGUUCUUUUCUCUUUGCAGGUUCAUGCGAUUCCCCUCUGUUGUUUGAACUUUCCAGUGCUGUGUGCUAUGUCUCUGCCACGCACCCUUGGGGAGUUGCAACUCUAUCGGGUGCUGCAGAGGGCCAACCUGCUGGCCUACUAUGAAACCUUCAUCCAGCAAGGCGGUGACGACGUGCAGCAGCUCUGCGAGGCUGCCGAGGAGGAGUUCCUGGAAAUCAUGGCCCUGGUUGGCAUGGCCACCAAGCCGCUGCAUGUGCGUAGGCUGCAGAAGGCUCUCCGCGACUGGGCGGCGAACCCUGCCCUUUUCAGUCAGCCCGUCGCUAAUGUCCCUCUUGGGGGGAUCCCGCUGUUCAAAGUUGAAGGGACAGGCUCCAGCGGGUCAGCUAGUGGGCACAGAAAGGCUUUGAGCAACGGGCAGCCUGGUUCCCCCUGCGAGAGAGAGGACCGAGCAUGUCUGACCCCGAUGUACAGCGGCAGUCCGAGAAGUCCCUGCUCCCAGGCGUCUCCGCAGCCGCCAGACACACACUACAGGGAAAAACUCUCCCCCAUGGACCCGCACUGGCUCAGCCCAGACCCUGAUGGGAAUGGCGCUCUUGCCUCUGCAUCUGGAAACGAGGAGGAACCACACAGCCCACCUCUCCUGUCCACAGGGCCGCCGGGUCCUUCCACAUCUCCAGUGCCCUCCGCAUCCUUCACCCCAGCACCCCUGUCAGCCUGGCCAGGAGGGCAGCUGGACGAGGAGACGGCCAGGGCCGUGGUGGAGAGCGUGGAGAGACUCUAUAGGACCCUGCCCAGGUCAGACCCCGCAGAGGUAAAGACUCUGCUGAGGAUGAACAAGAAAAUAGCAAAAACCGUGGGUCACAUCUUCAGAAUGGGCUCGCAGGAUGCAAACAAGGAGGAGGAGAUCCGGAAAUACAGCCUCAUUUAUGGUCGCUUUGACUCCAAGAGGAGAGAGGGCAAGCAGCUCACACACCAUGAGUUGAUCAUCAAUGAAGCUGCUGCCCAGUUCUGCAUGAGAGACAACGCUCUCCUGCUCAGACGGGUGGAGCUCUUUUCUCUGGCUCGACAGGUGGCCAGGAAAUGUGCCUACACCUCCACACUGAAACAUGCAAGGUCAAAUGCUGAUGAGAGCAGCGGUUUGUGUCAGAAGAGAGCGAGACACGAGGUCAUCGUCUCUGAGUCAUCGCUCCUUGGAGUGGAGGGAUCUGAAGGAGCGACUCAGAGAGCAGAUGAAGACAGCUUGUCUGCAGAGAGCAUUGACUGCGCAUCGCUUGACUCCAGCUCCCAGUGCAACCAGUCUCCAUCCCCCCGUCCCCACACUGACGCCUCGAACCCCGCCAGCUGGAGCCGCCAUCUAAUACAGCAGACUCUAAUGGACGAAGGCCUGCGAUUGGCUCGGAUGGUGUCACAUGACCGGGCAGGGAAACUCAGCCUGGGGCCGGAGGGAACUCACUUGGCAGACCAUGACAUCAAAGUGGAACGGGCGAUCUCGAUAACGGCGUGCCGGAGCAGUAGCCCUUGUGUCACCAAAGAGCCAGCCAUCACCUCCAACCACAGAGGAAAGUGAAACCCGCGGCCCGUCAGGGGAACUGUGCUCAGAGAGAGGACUCCAACUCAAACUGUAAAUCUAAGACUGCAAGGAUCUGACUAAAUAGGCCCGUCAUGUCUUGUAAACGAAUCCGCUGUAAAUUAAGAUGUGAGUGUUUCUGUUUUUAUAUAUCUGUUAGAUGGAGGGAACCCCGUCUCUGUUUUAGCGUCCUGCAGAGUUUAGCUGUGUUCUGUCAGGGAAAAUGUUUAUGUUGCUGCGAGUGCCGCUGUGUGCUGGAGGAUCCGCCUGCCACAGAUGAAACACGCUUCACACAGCAGGGGGCACUGCAACUUUGGAAAACUGAAGCUCUAAAGUUCCUCCACACUGAGCAAGACUGCAGAGGAGAUGUGCGUUUAGCAAAGAUCUCUGUGUUUUGCAAGUUACAGCGUAAUGCUCUGGAGCUGUUCACCUCAGGAAACCACUGGACGCUUUGCUUAGGUCAGAGGUCAGCACUGUAGAGGUCAAACUAACUCAGAAGACACUGACACAUGCAGCACCUUGCAAAAUACUCAUACCACUGAAAAUUUCCCUAUUUUUAUACAUUUUAUUUUGUUUUAUUCAGAUUUUAUGUGAUAGACCAACAAAAUAUAGCAUAUAAUGAAGAAGUGCCUCUUCUGAAAAGUAGCAUAUUGAUGGAGCCCCACACAAAGUAGAAAACUACAAAGUUAAAACUUCCUAAUUGCUCAGUUAAAAGGAAAGUAAAACAUGAUUUAUUUUUUUUUAACAAAUGAAAAUCUGAGAAGUCUGUUAUGCAUUUUCAUAAACUCAAUUUCUUGAAUUUUUUUAAUUAUGCAUGCCAAAUUUUCUAAUUUUCAUUAGUAAAGAAUUUUGAAAGUCAUCAGCAAUCUACAAUAAUCCAGCACUACAUGUCGUCGGUCUAUCACAUAAAAUAAAAUUCAUUUAAUUUAAUUUCCCUGUGAGAUUAAUAAAGUAUUUUUGAAACUGAAUUUUGAAUCCUAUUGAAAUGCACUGCAGUUUGUGGUUUCAGAAUCUGCAAACAUUUAAGUGUGACGAACGUUUUUGCAAGACGCUGCAUGUUGAGGUUAAAAAGUGUUUCUUUUUCAGUCGGUGUUGAAUAAAAUUUCAAAAAGCGAGUUCAUUAACUUAUCCAUCAGAUUUGACGUCUGUCAUAAUCACACUCACAACUUUCUGCUGCACAAAUAAUAGAUUGGAUAUUUUUUAAAUCACUUCCAGGUUGAAAAGUUUGCCAUCCCCAAGAUUAUGAAAAUGUAUUUAUUUUCUUAAUCCAGUGGCUAAAUCAAAAACACUGAGGCUUGGAGUGACACUGUCUGGUGCUCUGACUUUGUCCUAAUCAGAGUUUAAUGUCACUAAAGGUAAAACUGUACAUUUGUUGGGAAUACUGCAUUUAAAACUACAUUGAAAGGUUCUUUGUUUUAAAGGCUGUUUGACACACUUAUUCAGUCUUUCACUUGUAAGUUGAUCCGUAUGUAAUGUUUUUGUGUCUCUUAAAGACAGAUGUGAUUUUUUUGGGGGGGGUGAUUUAUUAUUUGUUUUUGUUCAAUUUGUAUUUUAGGAAAACUCAGAGGUUCAGAGAGACUAAAUGAUUGUAUUCUCUCUUGAUGCAGCAGCUUAUUUUAAACUCCUCACCCCGUUCGGCCUCGGCAGCAGAGUUGAGGUGUUAGCUUAUAUCGACGGUUAUAAAUACAACAGAUUUUGUAGACUAAUUACAGAACUAUCCGUGAGGUAGCGUGCUGUGCAUCGGUUACACCUACCCGUCUCUUGAGCAUUAGAAUCAUCCUCAGUGUAUGUUGCAAGACAGAUAAUUUAUUUUGUUAUAUCCUAAUAAAUGUUACUUUAAUGAUUUAAAUCAA